AUGAGUACAGGUACCAAAAUCAUGAAAAGUGGUAGUGAACCACCAACAGCACUUGAACUUGAUGUUUCACAGCAAUUUACGGAACUCGAAGGAAAUGCACAAUUUAAAGGUCAAUUACGUGAACUUUAUAUAACUGGAGCAAAGAAAGUUGAAUUAGGCGAUGGACGAUCAGCUUUAAUAAUUUAUAUUCCAGUACCAAAAGUAAAAAGUUACCAACGAGUUCAUUCAUUACUCGUCUCUGAACUUGAAAAAAAAUACAAUCAAACAGUUGUUCUUCUUGGACAACGUCGAAUUUUGCCAAAACCAACACGAAAAUCGAAAACACAAUCGAAACAAAAACGACCAAGAAAUCGUACAUUAACUGCAGUACAUGAUGCUAUUUUACAUGAUCUUGUUUAUCCUGCUGAAAUAACAGGAAAACGUAUACGAAUUAAAAUAGAUGGAUCACGUCUUUUUAAAAUUCAUCUUGAUAAAAAUCAACAAACACUUGUCGAAAACAAGGUGCCAGCUUUUCAAUCAAUUUAUAAAAAACUCACUGGAAAAGAUGUUCAUUUUGAAUUUCCAGAAGUGCUCGUCUGA